AUGCAUUUAUUACCAUUACAAAAUCAAUCAAACGCUCGACCAUUAAUGCCCGGAUCUCGACGUGGUCUGGUUGCACCACAAAAUACUUUUCUCGAAUCCAUCAUCCGCAAAUGUAGCGGUGCCCACACUGCAUUCAUACUGUCAAAUGCCCAAAUAGUCGAUUAUCCGAUUGUUUAUUCCAACGAUGGCUUUACCAAACUAUCGGGUUGUCUAAGGACUGAAUUGAUGAACAAAAGUUCGACGUGCAACUUCAUGUAUGGCGAAUUGACAAGUACGGAAACACAAACGAAAAUUCGCGAUGCACUGGAAAAUUGUCACAUCGAACAAGUCGAAGUACUUCUGUAUAAAAAGAACAAAACACCAAUAUGGGUAUUUAUGCAAAUAGCUCCAAUUACAAAUGAACGUGAUACGGUUGUACUUUAUCUGUGUACAUUCACAGAUAUUACUGCACUUAAACAACCCAUUGAAACUGAAGAUUCUAAAACUGGCUUGAGUAAAUUCGCUCGAAUUGCCAAAUCUGUGACACGGAAUCGUUCGAUUCUGCUGAACUUUGCUGCUACGAACACGAAAUCAAUCGUCAUAGAUCCAACAAAACCAUCACAAUUUCCGAAUUUACUUAAUCUCAGCGCUGAAGUUCUACCGAGUUACCGACAAGAGGCACCAAGUACUCCUCCUCAUAUUAUUCUUCAUUAUUGUACAUUCAAAACGGUUUGGGAUUGGGUGAUACUUUUAUUGACGUUCUACACAUCAUUAUUAGUACCCUACCAUGCAGCAUUUAAAAGUAAAUCAUUGGACGAUGUGCCUUUACUUGUUAUCGAUAGUAUUGUUGAUGUUAUUUUCUUUAUUGAUAUUAUAUUAAAUUUUCACACGACAUAUGUUCAUACGAAAUCUGGAGAAGUUAUAUCCGAUCCGAAGCGUAUACGAAAAACUUAUUUGAAAAGUUGGUUCGUUAUUGAUCUUUUAGCUUGUUUGCCUUAUGACGUGUUUAAUGCCUUUCAAGAAGCUGAAGAACGAUAUGGAAGUAUUUUCUCGGCAUUGAAAGUCCUACGUUUACUACGUCUCGGCCGUGUUUUUCGAAAGCUAGAUAAUUAUUUGGAGUACGGCGCAGCUGUUCUUCUAUUACUUAUAUGUGUUUUUGUUCUGGUUGCCCAUUGGUUUGCUUGUGUCUGGUACACCAUCGGAUUUCAAGAGGGCCGUGGCGGACCUGGAAAACGAAUGGAAUACAGCUGGUUGGUUAAAAUGGACCGAGAAUUGCAUUAUGCCUGCAUCGAUUCGUAUGGAAACCUAACUGCUUAUGAAUCCAAUGGUACCUGUCGGAAAGCGGCAUAUGUGACUGCACUUUAUUAUACGAUGAGUUCAUUGACAAGUAUCGGUUUUGGUAAUGUUGCAGCAAACAGUGAUAACGAGAAGAUUUUCACAUGUGUUAUGAUGCUGAUCGGUUCACUUCUGUAUGCAACUAUUUUUGGUAAUGUGACAACAAUAUUUACUCAAAUGUAUUCGGCUACGGCAAGAUAUCACGAUAUGCUCAGUAGUAUUCGGGAAUUUAUGCGUUUGCAUGGAAUGCCUAAUCAAUUGAAUGAACGAAUUAUGGAUUAUGUCGUGUCCACAUGGGCAAUGACGAAAGGAAUCGAUGCAACAAAAGUCUUAAACUAUUGUCCAAAAGAUAUGCGUGCUGAUAUAUGUGUUCACAUGAAUCGAAGUGUUUUUAAUGAACAUCCGGCGUUUCGCUUAGCUAGUGAUGGCUGUUUACGUGCAUUGGCUGUGCAUUUUCAUAUUAAUCAUUCCGCACCCGGCGAUAUGUUGUAUCAUUGUGGUGAGAGUUUAGAUAUGCUGUGUUUUAUUGUAUCAGGCUCGUUGGAAGUCAUACAAGAUGACGAAGUUUUAGCAAUACUUAGCAUGAACGAUGUGUUUGGAGAUGAUUUUUGGAGUAAAAAUCGUGAUAGUAUUGGCCAAUCGGCAGCGAAUGUUCGUGCACUAACGUACUGCAAUAUUCAUCAGAUUCGGCGGGAGCGUUUAUUGGAAGUCUUAGACUUUUAUCAUCCAUUUAGUAUUUCAUUUGCUCGGAAUAUGGUGCUUACAUACAAUCUUAGGCAUCGAGUGAUCUAUCGUAAGAUUGCUGAUCUUAAACGUGAACGUGAGCUAGCUGAAAUUCGCAAAAAUGAGGGAUUGGACCAAUUGGGUUCUGAUCAUCCCGUGCGUAAAUUGUUUUCGAAAUUUCGUAAAAUAUCUCAAGAAAAUCGUACGGGCGCACAAGUGAAUCCAAGUUCACAAACACCGCCGACAACAUCGGCCAACUCACCACCACAACACACCAAACCGACAUCAAUAACAACAAUUGCUAUUCCACCAGUAGCACAACCACCACCUAGUAUCGACUCGAAUGACUUGUCACCAGAAAAAAAUCCAAUGUUUUCAUUGGCGCAGCAUCUACAACUGCCUCCUCCAUCGACAGUGAAACCUCGUGAUAAACUCGAAACAAUAUCCGAACGUAUCGAAACUCAAGAGUCACAAAUCUCUCAAAUUACAUCUGUCCAUCAAAGUCCGCCAUUGCAACGAGCACCGAAGUCGAGUAAAUGGAAGUGGUUGAAGACAGGAUCAACGGGACCGGAAACUGAUUCGCCACCAAAAACCGUUGGAUCAGCGAUGAAACCACUCGUACCACCGAGUAUAGUACAGCCAUCAACAAAUCCGUUCGAUUCAAAUUUAACAGACGAUGAUCUGCACGAUCAAGCAUCCAACGGAAACGAUCGGCGACCAUCGAUUCCGCUCAGUCUAUUUAUACCGAGAGCAGCACAACGUCAUGGUGAUGCUCAAGGAACAACAGAUGGAACGUCCGACGAAAGCAAACACUUGGACGAAUCUCAUUCGGAUAUCAAUGCAGCUUUCGGACCUCGUCGAAGUAUUUCAUCACCGUACAGCGAUCAUCAUUUACUUUCAUCAUUAAUUGAAAUCAAAAAUGAUCUAAGUGCUGAAGUACGAGCGUUAACAAGACGUAUGGUACACAUUGACGAACAAAUUAGUCAGAUUCAUAAUAUUCUUUCACCAUUUUACCCAUCGACCAAUGCUAUACUGCCAGAAGAAGAACGACCACCGCCACUGUUGUCAUCGCCGCGACCAUCACUAGCAUCGCACACAAAUCAACCGUCGCCUAACUCGCCAGUUCGACCCAAAGAUUUACAUUUGAGUCCAAAAACAUCAGUAGAUGCAAAGUCUAUCGCUGAUGUCAAGGCCUCACCGUUAUUCGAAACAUCUUCGUUCUAUACAGAUGUAAACACUCGAACACAAUAUUUUGAUGCAAACCAAUCAUCAUCUACGAUCAGUGAUGUGCACGAAGGAUCAAUUCCAUCAAAAACAAAUGAUCGAUCAAUGACACCACCGUCUUCGCGUCAAAUAAGUGAUACCGAUUCAGUUGUGUUAUCCAUUCCACCGCCUCCCUCUGUUUACAAUCGUUCCGCUGCAUCGUCACUAGCUAGUUUAGGUAUAUCGUCAACACCUCGUGGUUCCGCUUCGAACAAGGUAGCACCGGCAAGCUUCCGACCACUGUCAAAUACUCGGUAUAAUCCUGGACGUUCUCCUAAAAUGAAAACUCGUUCACAGCACAAUCGAACACAUAUGAAACGUCAACAACUCGCUGAACAGUCAACGAUUAUUGAACUCGAAUCACCUUUACCAAAAGAUACAACGAAUAAAAAUGUACCGCUUCUUCCAACACCGUCAACAACAGGAACAAAAUCGAGUACGAAUGUGUUUCGCCGUUUUAUGAUAGGUAGUAAUAAUAAUGCAGACAAAUCAACGAUGUCUUCAUCCACUCUUCUCUAUCCGCCUACCAGCGACGAUGAUCAUCCGGCUAGUCCGGUCAGUUCAGGCAAUGAUGAUGAUGAUUAUCGACCAUUAACAUCGUCAUCGAAUCGACAUCAUCAUCAUACACCGCUAUGA